UGGUCUUCCGAUCUGAAAAGUUUUCGACCUGUAUAAGCGCCCUGAGCCGGUGAAGCCCUACCUUUUUUUCCGCACCGUGCUUUGUCCAUGCCAGAACCUUUGCAGAGGUACAUUCAAGAUCUCAGUCAUCGCGUGUGGAUCCUUCAGGACCAGACGCUCAUAGCAGUCCCGAGGAAAGAGCGGACGGUUCCAGUCACUGUCACCUUGCUGCCGUGCAAGUAUCCUGACCUGCUUGAGAAGGGCAGAGGGGAUCCUGUGUACCUGGGGCUGAAGGAGCCGAACUGCUGCCUGUUCUGCACGGAGGACGGGGAGCAGCCCGAGCUGCAGCUGAAGGAAAGGAACAUAAUGGAGCUGUACUACCAAAGGGAGCCGGUGAAGCCUUUUCUUUUCUACCACAACAAGAGCGCCAGGACCUCAGCCUUUGAGUCUGUGGCCUUUCCGGGCUGGUUCAUUGGCAUUUGCUCCCAAGGGGGCUGCCCACUUUUUCUGACCCAAGAACUGGGCCAGACCUUCAUCACUGACUUCGAAUUGACUGCAGUGCAUUGA